AAAAAAAAAAAAAAAAAACCAAAAGGAAAAAAAAGCCAAAAAAAAAAAAAAUAACCGUGAAAAUCCCAAACCGGCCGCCGCUCGGCCAAAAAAAAAAAAAACAAAAAAAAACCAAACUUGCCGAACUCGUUUGCGGGAGGCACCGGGGCGGCUCCGCUCGAUGCGGCGGCGGGGCCGGCGCUGAGCCCCGCGGCCGGUGCCGAGCCCCGCGGAGCCAUGGCCAUGGUGGCCGGCGGAUGGGGAGAGCCCAACGGCGGCGGCGGCGGCGGCGGCGGCGGGGAGGAGGCGGCGUCCCCCGCGGGCGGCGGCAGCGACGCGGAGCACGGCGAGGAGGAGCGGGCCGGGGCCGCCGUGGACUGCGUGGUGUGCGGGGACAAGUCCAGCGGGAAGCACUACGGGGUCUUCACCUGCGAGGGCUGCAAGAGCUUCUUCAAGCGCAGCAUCCGCAGGAACCUCAGCUACACCUGCAGAUCCAACCGGGACUGCCAGAUCGACCAGCACCACCGCAACCAAUGCCAGUACUGCCGCCUGAAGAAGUGCUUCCGUGUGGGAAUGAGGAAGGAAGCCGUGCAGCGGGGCCGGAUCCCCCCGAGCCACUCCAGCACCAGCCCCAACACCAUCCCCAGCGGGGAAUACUUCAACGGGCAGCCGGUGUCGGAGCUCAUCUCGCAGCUGCUGCGGGCUGAGCCCUACCCGGCCGCCCGCUACGGCUCCCAGUACGCCCAGCAGGGCAGCGUGAUGGGCAUCGACAACAUCUGCGAGCUGGCCGCCCGCCUGCUCUUCAGCACCGUGGAGUGGGCCCGCAACAUCCCCUUCUUCCCCGAGCUGCCCGUGUCCGACCAAGUGGCGCUGCUGCGGCUCAGCUGGAGCGAGCUGUUCGUGCUGAACGCGGCGCAGUCGGCGCUGCCGCUCCACAUGGCCCCGCUGCUGGCGGCCGCCGGCUUCCACGCCUCGCCCAUGUCCGCCGACCGCGUCGUCUCCUUCAUGGACCAGAUCCGCAUCUUCCAGGACCAGGUGGAGAAGCUCAACCGGCUCCAGGUGGACUCGGCCGAGUACAGCUGCCUCAAAGCCAUCGCGCUCUUCACGCCCGACGCCUGCGGGCUGUCGGACCCGGCGCACGUGGAGAGCCUGCAGGAGAAGGCGCAGGUGGCCCUGACGGAGUACGUGCGCUCCCAGUACCCGUCGCAGCCCCAGCGCUUCGGGCGGCUGCUCCUGCGGCUCCCGGCGCUCCGGGCCGUGCCCGCCGCCCUCAUCUCCCAGCUCUUCUUCAUGAGGCUGGUGGGGAAGACGCCCAUCGAGACGCUAAUCAGGGACAUGCUGCUGUCCGGGAGCACCUUCAACUGGCCCUACGGGACGGGGCAGUAGGGACGGAGCGCGGGGAGGGGACGAUCCCGGGACCGCCCCCCCGGCAGCUGGACGUGGACUCGUUCCCGUGGUGUCCCUGGGGUGUUCUGUGCUGGGCCUCGGCCUCGGAGCUCUGUCUGCCACAGGAGGGGGCCCUGCUCCCCGCAGAGGCUGUGGGGUCACGGGGGUGUCCCC